GAAGGCGGGGCCCGGAGGAGAAGGGAACCGUCGGGUUCCGCCGGAGCGAUGAGGUCCGUUAGCUAUGUGCAGCGCGUGGCCCUGGAGUUCAACGGGAGCCUUUUCCCGCAUGCCAUCUGCCUGGGGGACGUCGACAACGAUACGCUGAACGAGCUGGUGGUCGGAGACACCACCGGGAAACUGUUCGUGUACAAGAGCGACGAGACACGGCCAUGGGUGACCUGCGCCUGCCAGGGAAUGCUGACCUGUGUCGGGGUAGGAGACGUAUGCAACCGAGGGAAGAACCUGGUGGUGGCACUGGGGGCCGAGGGCUGGUUGUACCUCUUUGACCUGACGCCCAGCAAGACCUCAGACCUCCCCGGGCACCACGACGUGACGGCCACGGCUGGGGAGGAGCACAGACCGGUCCACAAACAGCAUAUCCUGGCCAACACCAAAGUUGUGCUCAUCAGUGAUAUUGACGGGGACGGUCGCAGCGAGCUAGUGGUGGGCUACACAGACCGUGUGGUGCGAGCUUUCCGCUGGGAGUCCGUGGCGGAGGGCACAGAGCACCUGGCAGGGCAGCUGGUGGCACUCAAGAAGUGGGUGCUGGAGGGUCAGGUGGACAGUCUGCAGGUGACGCCCGGACGCCAGGGGACCCCGGAGUUGAUGGUGUCCCAGCCUGGCUGUGCCUACGCGGUGCUCUUGGUCACUUGGGGCUCCGGGUCCCCAGCCCUCCCAGACACGGGCCCCGAGGGCAGCCGGGAGCCCUCCGGCCCGCGGGAUGUCAUCCCGCACCAGACCUCCGGACGCAUCCACAACAAGAACGUCUCCACCCACUUGGUGGGCAGCCUCGGGAGGGGACGCGGCGCUGAGAGCAGUGGCCCAGGGCUCUUUGCACUCUGCACAUUGGAUGGGACGCUGAAGCUCAUGGAGGGACCGGACAAGCUGCUCUGGUCAGUCCAGGUGGAUCACCAGCUGUUUGCCCUAGAGAAGCUGGAUGUCACGGGCAACGGGUAUGAGGAGGUGGUGGCCUGUGCCUGGGACGGGCAGACCUACAUAAUCGACCACAACCGCACCGUAUCCCGCUUCCAAGUGGAUGAGAACGUCCGAGCCUUCUGCGCAGGCCUGUAUGCCUGCAAAGGGGCCCGCAACAGCCCGUGCCUGGUGUACGUCAGCUUCAACCAGAAGAUCUACGUGUACUGGGAUGUGCUGCUUGAGCGCAUGGAAUCCACCAACCUGCUCAAGGUGCUGGAAGCGGAGCCAGACUACCGCCCGCUGCUGCAAGAACUGGGCGUCGAUCCUGAUGAUGCCUCUGCAGUCCGAGCCCUGAUCCACCGCACGCUGUACAGCCCACAACUGCCACCGCUGCCGCCCAGCCCGCGGUUCCCCUCCUAGCGGGACAUUCCCCGGCGAGAGGCAUCUCUGGUGAGGGGCAGAGCAGGGGCUGAAGGGAGUCCCUCUGGGGCCCAGGGUUGUGGGCAGGGCUUCAGGAGGCAGGCCGAGAGAGGGCUUGUGGUCCUCCGGCCCCAGCUGGACCCCGCCCCUCAUUUAAAGACAUUGAAUCAGGCCUGCAGAAGGAACACUGGGACCUGGUGGAAAGUGCUUGGGAUUGAGAGGCAAAGAACCCAGGCUGCAGGCCGGCCUGCCAGGUGACCUCAAGACCCUUAACUACUCUGGGCCUCAGUUUCCACGUCUGUAAAUUGGGGAGGAGGUCCUUGCCCUCCCUCAGACCGUGAGCCUCCCCUGGGCAAAGGACCAUGUCGUAUCGAGCACAGUGCUGGGCCUAGAGCAGACGUUGAAUACACUGGGGUCUAUUGUCACUGUUGUUAUUGUAGAAGGAUAAGCCUCCAGGGCAGGGGUGCACCCCCCCAAACCAUCUCGGCAUAGUGCAGAGAGGUGCGGGCGGGGGCAGAUUCCCAGGGGGAAGUCGACGAAAGGGAGCUAGAGAAAGCCUUUAUUCGAACAGAAGGCAGCUGUGGUGGGGAGAGGCACUGGAGCAAAGGGGAAGGAGGACAUGGGGAAUACAAGCUAGAGAAACCAAUUGGGUGGGGGACAGAGUGUUAGGCACCCUGGUCCCCUCGUGUCCUCCCGGCCCAGGCUCAGAGGGAGGGACAAAGUGGCUGAGGGGUCCAGGGUAGAUGGACUCCUUUGAAGAACACCGAGACCAGCAUGGGGGACAGAGUUAGGCCGCUCCCCAUCUCCUUCCACUCCUCCCCCACAGCAGAGGGGCUGGGUGUGGACCCACUGUAGGGAAAGGGCAAACCUCUUUCUGUUGGUCUAAAAUACCCUAAUAAAUUGAGACCCAAGA